ACCCUCCCAUCAACGUCCGAAAAGGACCAAACCCACCUAAAUUACCAAAAUACCACUGCCCCUCAAAAUCUCCAUUUUCUCUCCCUCCACCUAUAAAAGCACUCCCAAACGCCUCCGCUCCCCUCUUCUCAUUUCUCCCCCAACCCCUCCUCUCAACCCCCCAACCCAAAUAUCCCCAAAUCCCCAAAAUACCCCUACCUCUUUCCACUCCCAAAUCUCUUCCACCCAAAAACAAAACGACCCAAAACCCCUCAUUUCUCUAUCUCAACAGUCCCAAACCAAACCCAAAAUCCCCAAAACACCCCUAUAAGUACUCAACUCUUCCCUUCCACUCCAAAUCACUCCUCUCAAAACAAAGAGAAGAAGAAGAACCUCAUUCCCCAUCUUCCCAAAAUGAUCAAAAUACCCCUGUAAGUGCACUUCUUCCUCCUUCAACCCCCCACAAAAUCCCCAAAACACCCAUAUAAAUUCUCCCACUCCUCCCUUCCACUCCAAAUCACUCCUCUCAAAACAAAGAGAAGAAGAAGAAGAACCUCAUUCCCCAUCUUCCCGAAAUGACCAAAAUACCCCUGUAAGUGACCUUCUUCCUCCUUGAACCCCCACAAAAUCCCCAAAAUACCCUUCCCACCAUCACAUCACAAACACCCAAGAAUCCCCAAAUGCCAACAGCAAAACCCAUCAAUCCAAUUCUCCUUCUCCUCCUCUUCAUCAUCCUCCAAUCGCAACCGUCGAUCGAAGACCCUGACGAUGAAUCGUGCCUGUCCCAUCUCCGUUCCUCCAUCUCCGACCCCACGAACUCGCUCCGCAACUGGACCCCAUCGACCUUCUCAUCUCCCUGCAACGGCUUCACCUCCUACCUUUCCGGCGCGACGUGCAACAACGGUCGAAUCUACAAGCUCUCCUUGCCAAACCUCUCUCUCACCGGCCACAUCUCGCCGUUCCUCUCCAACUGCACCUCUCUCCAAUCCCUCGACCUCUCGUCGAAUUCCCUAUCGGGUCCAAUCCCACCCGAUCUCCAAUCGCUCGUCAAUCUCGCCGUUCUCAAUCUCUCAUCCAACGCCCUCUCCGGCCCCAUCCCGCCGCAGCUGGCGCUCUGCGCAUACCUCAACGUCAUUGACCUCCACUCCAAUUCCCUCACCGGCCCAAUCCCGCCGCAGCUCGGACUCCUCGCUCGUCUCACAGCCUUCGACGUCUCCCGCAACAAGCUCUCAGGCCCGAUCCCGCCGCUUCUCGCCAAUCGCUCCGGCACCAAUCUGCCCAGAUUCAAUGCCAGCUCGUUUGAAGGGAACAAGGACGUUUACGGAUACCCGCUUCCGCCGCUGCGGAACCGGAAUCUAUCGGUGAUGGCGAUCGUUGGGAUUGGGCUCGGGAGCGGGUUCUUGAGCUUGGUUCUCAGCUUCACGGCAGUGUGCAUUUGGUUGAGGGUGACAGAGGAGCGGAUGGCUGCUGCUGAGGAAGGAAAGAUCUCGCAGCUGAUGCCGGAUUACUGAUUUUCUGUUACGGUUUUCAAGAUGGAGAUUGGAGGUGAGGUUGGGGUGAUUGAUAGAUCUCCUUUCUUUUUAAUUUUCUUCUUUUUUCUUGUGUUCUUAAAUCUUCUUGAUUUUGAUUUUGAUGGGGUUGUUUGAUC